AUGGCGAGUGACUCCUGCCCAAACUGCUGCGCAGUGCUUUCACUGAUGGGCAUUGUUCACCUUAUUCUUUUUGGUGGCAUGUUUAGUGUGCGUGCAGUUUCAUUCCAUAUUAAGAGCAUAGAAAAUGGAUGGGAUAUCGAUGAAAAGGCGCGUGCUUGCUUUAAUGGGGCCAUCUUUUACGGCAUCACCCUUUUUGUGUCAGUUGUGGCACGCAUCUAUACUCGGCGUGGCCAGGCCGCAAAACAGGCGUUGAUGGAAGCAGAACGACUCCGUGAGCGUGCCGAAUUGCACAUCAAGUAA